GAGGUCAGGUGCCUUCUAAUGAUAAUGAUGAUGAUGAUAAUAAUAAUAAUAAUAAUAAUAAUAAUAAUAAUAAUAAUAAUAAUAAUUAGUAUUCAUACCAAAAUAUCCAUCCAUAGAAAAUAUUCAUGUUUUUUUACUAUUAUUAUUAUUAUUAUUAUUAUUAUUAUUAUUAUUAUUAUUAUUAUUAUUAUUAUUAUUAUUAUUAUUAUUAUUAUUAUUGCUGCUGCUACUACUACUACUACUACUACUACUACUACUACUACUACUACUACUACUACUACUACUACUACUACUACUACUACUACUACUACUACUACUACUACUACUACCACCACCAAACACCACCAAUACACUACCACUACUACUACUACUACUACUACUACUACUACUACUACUACUAUUUUUUCCAUGCAAUUAGGCAUAUUAGGAUCAUCAUCAUCAGUAGUAGCAGUAGUAGGCCUAGUCAUUACACACACAAUAAUUCAUAAUAAACUUGUAUAUAUAUUUUUCUGCAUAUUUCAAUUUCUUAUUUUAUUUAUUCCAAUGAUUUUAAGCAAUCUCUGUAGGUUCGUACACUCCAUGUUUAGACCUAUGUGUGUGUGUGUGUGUGUGUGUGUGUUAGGUGACCCAGCAUGACCUCACUGUGACCUCUGCAUUUUGAGUCAAGUCUGGUGAGAAAUUGAUGUACACUAGCAUUGAAACCAUUGGAGAUUCAAAUAAGCUAGGCAGUGUUGUGUUGUGUUCAGGGUGUUCGGCUAAGAAUUAAAAUUGUGUUUCAGAUAAGCUGGCCAGUGUUGUGUUGUGUUCAGGGUGUUUGGCAAAGGAAAAACUGUAUUUGGGAUAAGGUGUGUGCAUUUUUGGGUAUUUGGUGUAGGGUAAACUGUUGUAUUUUGGUAAACCAGCAGAAUAUUGGAUAAAGUUGUGUUUGUGAUGAAAGAAAUUGUGUGUAGAAUAUUUAGGUGAAAGAUAAGCAGUGUUUUUUAAUUAGAUACAGAAGUGGUGUGUGUGUUUUUUUGGUGUUUGGUAAAAGAUGAACUGUUGUAAUUGAAAUGGUGUUGAGGAUUGUGAAAAUUUUGUUAAACUUAUUUCAUUGUAUCUAAUUCUUUUCUGUGGUCUUCCUCCUCCUCUUCUUUCUUUCUUUCUUUCUUUCUUGUGUUCCUUCCUCUUUCCCUUUCUUUUCUUUCUGGUGUUCUUUCUUCUUCCUCUUCUUUCUCUUGUCCUUUUCUUUUCUUGUUCCUUCUCCUCUUUCUCUUCUUCCUCUCUUCCUCUUCCUUCUGUCUUUUUGUUGUUUUGUUUUCCUUCUUCCUCUUCCUCUUCUUCCUUUGUUGUCUUGUCUCUUCUUCCUGUCUUCCUCUUUUAAUUUACUGUUUUAUGUUCCUCCUCCUCCUCCUCUUCCUCUCUUUCAUUCUUCCCAUCAUCCUCUUCACUUCUUCAUUCUUCCCCUGUCAUCCUCUUCACUUCUAUCUUCCUUUAAUUCAUAUGUACCUCCUCCUCCUCAUCAUCAUCUUUCUCUCUUCCCUGUCUUUUCCUCCUCAUCUCCUCAUCAUCAUCCUCUCUCUCUCUUCCCUGUGUGUUUUCCUCCUCAUCAUCCUCUUCCUCUCUUCCCUUUUUGUCUUUAAGUAAAAUUCAGGUUUGUCUGUUAUUAUUAUUAUUAUUAUUAUUAUUGUCUUAUCAAGUUAAUAUUUUGUUGUGUUAUUUUAUUAUUACUACUUAUUGUAACAUUCUAAACUUUUCUAUAAGGAUUAAAUUUUGAUAUAUUGA